ACUUAUUAUCAAUUGUCAAGCAUUCCCUUCCCAAAAAAAAAAAAAUCUAUUGUCAAGCAUAUUUGGUGUAGUGUAGUUCCCCAAUUGCAUUUCAUUUCUCUGCAUGGAAUUACGAAUUGAAACUUACAUAUCUCCAUGGACAAGAGUGAUUUGGUCUACUUCGUUUCAGUUUCAGCUACUUAUGUCCUAACCCACUGUCACCCCUAGCUAUUAACAACUAAGAAAAAUCGAAGAAAGAAACGAAAGAUGAUUCUUUCAAAAACUCUUUACCGCGAUUACACCCCCAUCGUAAACCAAGUCCUAGCCGCCAUGGUUCAAAACCGGGAAUUCGACACCCAUCUAGCCGCCUCAGCCACCACCUCUCACUGCUGGAGCUCCGAAGCGGUUUCUGAGGUGUUAAGGUCCGUGCCCAGAUUCUUCUUCCGGUCUCCUCGUUCCAUUGGUACCCAAAAAGGUUUCAGGCACCGCUCUCCUUUGAAACAGCGCAACCUAAAAGAAGAACUUGAUAGGUUCGGUAAUGGGGUGCUUGUCCUUGGGCCAGCUGCUUACAGAGACCUCAACAAGGUCCAGUUGGGAUUGGACAAAGCAAUGGAAUUCUAUUACUGGGUUGAGGCCCAUUUUGGAUUUUCCCAUGACGAGAAAACUUGCCGGGAAAUGGCUCUCGUUUUGGCUAAAGGUAAUAGAUUGAAAGCUCUUUGGGAUUUUCUCAGGGAUAUGUCAAGCAGAGGGAGUGGGGAGAUUGUUACUACAACGACCGUUACCUGUUUGAUAAAAGUUCUCGGAGAAGAAGGGUUGGUCAAUGAAGCAUUAGCUGCUUUCUAUAGGAUGAAGCAGUUUCAUUGUAAGCCGGAUGUUUAUGCUCAUAAUACCAUUAUUUAUGCUCUUUGUAGAGUAGGGAAUUUCAAGAAAGCCAGGGCUUUGUUGGAGCAAAUGGGGUUGCCGGGCUUUAGAUGUCCACCAGAUACUUUUACUUAUACAAUAUUGAUUAGUUCUUAUUGCAGAUAUAGCUUGCAGACUGGGUCCAAAAAGGCUAUUAGGAGGAGGUUGUGGGAGGCUAACCAUUUGUUUCGCAUCAUGCUCUUCAAGGGCUUUGUUCCUGAUGUUGUCACCUAUAAUGCAAUAAUCAAUGGUUGUUGCAAAACUUGCCGAAUUGGGAGAGCUUUAGAGUUGUUUGAAGACAUGAGCCAAAGGGGUAUUACCCCUAACCGGAUUACAUAUAAUUCAUUUAUUAGGUACCAUAGUGCAGUUAAUGAGAUUGAUAAUGCUGUCAAUAUGUUGAGGAGAAUGCAGACUAUGAAUCAUGGAAUACCCUCUUCGAGUUCUUACACACCGAUUAUUCAUGCUCUCUGUGAAGCAGGGAGGGUAUUGGAAGCCCGGGAUUUUCUGGUUGAGUUGGUUGAUGGUGGCUCGGUUCCGAGAGAAUAUACUUAUAAAUUAGUAAGUGAUGCACUUAUGUCAGCAGGAGAAGCCAAUUCUCUUGAUGAUAGCUUUCAUGGUAGGAUAAAAGAUGGGAUUGGAAAGAGGUUUAAGCAAGUGGGGAAGUGUAAACCAAUAAUGACUCGCAGAGGAUAUGAUGACAUGGAAACUUGAUACUUUAGAGAAACUUGAAUGGAGAAGAAUAUUAUCUGACAUUGUGGAAUUCUUGCGGGGGCUUUACUUAUAUCAUUGAGUAUAUAUUUUCCAGGUUUCUCGAGCUGAAUAACUAUUGCUUAUGCUCUUGAAGUCGCCCAAUCAUCAGCUAUGUUUGCCUCAAGUUAGCACUCCAACUACCUUGGCCUGGUUUUAUUAGGAUUGUGCUGAUAUUGUCCCAACCAGACAAAAUCAUGCGUACUUGAAAAAUAAUUUAUUAUGAUGAUUCUUAUCGUGAUGGUUGUGCCAGCCAUUUAAAAAAAUGUAAUAUGCUUAAGAGGUUGUGUUUGAAAUCUCCAAUUCCAUCAUUAGUAUCCCAUGUACUUGCUAUAAGCUGGUUGAUUAGUAAUCAAAUAAUUUGUUUCAAGGAAAUUUGAGAAUACAAA